AGAUGAUAUUCCUGUCCAAAAAAUAACAUAUUACAAGUUGCUGGUCAUAUUAUUCGCCCUCAUAAUUCUGGUAUGAUCUGGUGACCUCCAGGUCGGUUGACUGUGACUAGAAGUCAGGACGCCAUAGAAGAAACGGAGCUAAUAACCAUUUUAUCCAACCCUACACCUUCUACACCUCAAGCUAGAAGGGUAGCAGGCAAAGUUAUGGCGACCAAUAAACAUUAGAAGAAAAAAGUUUAAUGAUCAUAGAUGGAUGGUCCUUAACUUUUUGUUGUAUACCUAUGUAGAAUAAUAUAAUUAUGGGGAUCAUAAUAAUCACAUAUAACACAUAUAUAAUUAAUUAUAAGGUAGAUUUAUUAAGUUACUAAAUAAAGUGUAGUAGACCUUGUACAGAACGCAAGACUUUCUAUUUACAGCUGUUAUAGACAGGGGCGACAGGAAGCCAUUAUUGUGUCUGCUUAAGAUAGGUUUAUUGAAAAGGAUUCCAAUUAUAUUCACAGAUAGAGAAGGCCUGCCGAGGUCAGGACGCCCGAACUUUGAUGGGGCAAGGGGUCGCGUUCCUAGGGGGUUUAUCGUGUCCUCUAAACGGAUCCAGAACCACGCCUUGGGACGACACGUUACAGCUUGCAUGUAAAAAGCCGUCACAGGGGUGAUAUCCGGAUUUGCUUAUAACCAAGGGAAUUUUGAAGACGCGUUGGACAUUUCACGUUACUCGUCAGGGGGAAACUCUGCUGGUCUACUCAAUUAUCUCUAUCUACAUAUAUUCAACAUUGUGUUUCACACGAAUUGUACUCAUCUCAAUUAUCAAUAAUUCGAUAAUGGCAGCAUGUAAGUCACUACACUUAAAAGUCACUUGUAAGAAUAAUAUUUUAUUCCCAUAAUUACAGCUGGUACUCACACUUGUAAAGGGAGUGGCAAAGACAUAUUUUUAUAAAUUACAGUGUUAUGUGGAGUUUGCUUUUUUUCGAUACUUUUACACUGCAUUCUAGAAUUCACAUACAUUAAACUGGAGUGAUCUGACUUUUUCAUCUGUGAAGUAAGGUGAGGUUAUGUGUUGAUACAGAUUCGUGAAACUUAUUUUUAAAAUGUCUUUUGGAAUAAAAUCAGAAUGCUUCAAGUGCCUAAAAAACUUAAUGUUGUUUGUGAAAAUUACUGUCAUGUUGUGAUUUUACUCAGUUCUGCCAUUGGAUUCUAAGGCAGUGCACUAAAAAGAUAACAGUGAACUUCCUCAUUUCCAUUUAACUGCAUUGCCACGCCAGUCACCUCAGAAGGAAACGGUAGAUAAUAAUUUGUAAAAAUUAAUCUUCCUUUUGUGUUUUAUGGCACCAAGAGAAUGGACUAGUGAAUCGUGCAUCCACUAGUACUGUAGGUGGGCAAGUUGCAGAUAAUCAUUCUGGUGAACCAGAAUGGCCAGUAGAGGAAGAAGAAGAAUUGAAAUAUUUAGCAAAACAUGUCAUAAAACUUUUUGUGCCUGUCGCUAUGCAUGUUGGUUGUUGUGGUGACCAUCAGCUCUGUCACCUUCUAUACCACCAAAGAUAUUUACCUUGUGUAUACCCCAUUCCAUGAAGACAGUCCUGACACUAGCACAAAAGUGUGGAAUGCUGUAGCCAAUUCACUUAUUUUGAUGGCUGUGAUUGUUGUGAUGACAGUUCUGCUUAUAGUUCUUUACAAGUACCGCUGCUACAAGCAACAUACAUGUACAGUUAUGUAAGCAUUGCUGGUGAUGAUGAACAAGAAUCUGCUAGUCAUACCACUUGUGCUGCUGCUACCUCUAAUACUACUACUGCUGGAUGCUCCUGCCUUCCCCAUCCCUGAUGCGGACGCAGAUUCAGAAAGCGGGUUCUCUCGUGAAUGGGUUUCAAACCACGAGGCAAAUGCAGCCCGCAGGCAAGGGGAAGUUAGGGAAGCAUCUAGUGGACAUGUCUCAGAUUACAGAACAUUCCCACAGCAGCAAGGACAUGAACAACAGGUGGAAGUGGAAGAACGUGUGAUUCAAUUCUGCUCAAGGCCUCAGAUAAUGUGGCGUGAAACUUGGUCUAGGAGACUUCAUUUUCUGGUUGGCAAGGCAUCAUCCUAUGGUGACUGGAAUACCACUCUCUCCUGCUUUGUUACCAUCCUUAUUGGCCUGUGCCUCACAUUGCUGUUAAUAGACAUUUUUAAGAAAGCGUUACCAGCACUUCCCAUUUCUAUCACAUUCGGGCUCAUCUUCUACUUUGCAACUAGGGAGAUUGUCAAGCUAUUUGCAGACAAGUGUUUAUCUAGCAGGUUGAUUUUCAUAAAUUAUAUUGAAGUUGUGCAUCAUAUUUAUUGUCAUGCAAUUACAAUUAUUUAUAUUCUGAUUAUAUUUAACAGCAUAUUACAGCAAUGGUGAAACAUGGAUGGAUCAUGUUGUCUCUUUUCCAUGUAUAUAAGACCACUGUGUUACUUUGUCUACCCCUGAAUGGAUGAUGGCUUGGUUCCUGUGGCAAAAAUAACAACUGGACAAUUGUUAAAGUGAUAUAGUUAUAGCAGAAUGACCCAUAAGAUCACAGUUUAUUCUGAAAUAAUUGUGUAACCCUCAAAUCCUAAUGGUAGAUAGUUAAUACAUUGAAAGUCUCCCAUGAUUAACAACCCAAUUUGUUAUUUUGAAUUAAACAUUCGGUUCUUAUAAAAAAUUAAAGGACACAAAUUCAAAUCAAUUCAUUUAUUUAAGUGCUCAACAAUGGCCAAGCACUAAACCAGA